AUGGCUGUUACUCGCGUCGGUUUAGUCGGCCUUACUAGCAUCAAGCCCGACGGGCUAGGUCCUCACGCCUGGGCCGUGUUUGCGCUUCUUCCUGUCUUCCUUCACUCUCCGGACUAUGAGCUAGUCGCGCUGUGCAACUCCUCACUCGAGUCCGCUCGCCGUGCAAUUGAAGCGCACGGGCUACCUUCAUCUGUGAAAGCAUACGGAAAUCCUGAAGAUCUUGCAAAAGACCCGGACGUUGAUCUGGUCGUCAUCAGUGUGAGAGUAGGCAAGCAUUUCGAAAUCGCGAAGCCUGCAUUGCUCGAGGGGAAGAAAGUCUUUGUCGAAUGGCCACUGGGAGCAUCAACAGAGGAAGCGGAAACGCUCACUGCCCUCGCUCGCGAGAAAAAUAUCAAGACGAUUGUCGGAGUUCAGGCUCGAGCAGACCCUCUCCUCCUGAAAGUUAGGGAGAUUAUCCAGAGCGGAAAGCUUGGCAGAAUCACCAGCGCCCAUGCUCUUGGUUCAACCAGCAGCUUGCCCUCUCAUUUCUGGUUCAACGGGAUGGAAUACUAUCAGGACAUCAAAUCCGGAGGUAACUUGUAUCACAUCAACUUUGCUCAUUUCCUUGAUUCUUUUACCUAUGUUCUAGGCGAUUUUGAGACACUUCAAUCAGAUCUCAAAACCGAAAUUACCGAAAUACCUGUGAUGAGAGAUGACGGAACCCUCACGGAACCCAUGAAGAAAAAUACCCCUGACCACGUCCUUGUCCAAGGAAGACUCAAGAGUGGCGCUGUGGCUUCCAUCGUAUACCGCUGGUGCGACCUUCAGGAGGCCGUGGGUAACGUGGGUGUUCGAUGGAUCAUCUCUGGGACAGAGGGUGAACUCGAAAUAACGACAGAUCAAGGACAGUGGCAAAUGAACCCCCGGGAUAGGAAGCUCAAGUUAAAGCUCAGGGGAAAACCGGAAGAAGAUGUCGAUUUCUCGGUUGUGGAUGCUGGAUUUGUCCAGAACAUGGGAUAUUUUGGGCAGAACAGCGGGAGGAUCUUGAAUGCGUUUGCCCAAGGGGACCAGGCUGUGUAUGCUGACUUCGGCUCAGCCACACAGACCCACAAGCUUCUUGAUGAGAUUCUCAAGAAGUCUGGGCAUGAGUCUUAA